CUCACGUGUAACAGAAAAAGACUAAAGAAAGUAAUGUUGAAACUUUCUUGUGUUGAUAAAAUAUUAAUGCCGGACAGUAACUACGUCCAUAAGAAAAUGAGUGGUUUCGUCGUCUUGGAACUUGUGGUGUUUAUAUUUCUGUUAAUCGCUCGACAUGGCUAUGAACUGUGGAGCAGGGGAGGGAAGCAAUAUGUUAAUAUAAUCAUUAGAUUCGUGAUUCAUUUCAUGAGCACCAUUAUGAUAAUUCAGUUUGUGAGUUUUAUACAUAUUCUGAAGCAGAGGUUUCGUUGUGUCAACAGGCAGUUGUCUUUGCUUGGAGGUAUCGAUGAGCGAGAAACUGGUUUGGAGACCGUUAGAGUGGGGUUUGCGCAACACAAAUUUGGCAUCACCGCUUCUCACAACACAGUAGUAGUGCCACAUGCGGAUAAUGCUCCGAUUUCAAAUUCUCUUGAACAAGUUUCGGCUGCUACGUCAGUCUUUAUAUCUGAUACGGAAAUUGGCCACUUAUCGUCCACGUCAUCAUCCCCAAAGUUCAGAACACAGAGCCGUCUCCAAGAUGUGGCAAAUAUCCACACGCUCAGAUGUGUUCACACCAUUCUGUAUGAUGUAUGUGGACUGGUGAACUCUGUGUAUGGACUCCAGUUGCUGCUGGCUAUGGCCUACAUAUUUAUGUCGGUGGUGAAAUAUUUCCAUGUGGUAAUGAUUUCCAACGUAAGUUCACAUGAAGAUCAGUUGAGUAACUUUCGUGUUGACGGAAUUGUACCGCUCAUGUGUGUGGUGUCUAUCCAUAUUGCAAAUGUUCUCUGGGUUACUGCUUCUUGUACCUGUGCGUGUUUUGAGGCUGGUCGUACCACAACUCUAGUCAACAAAUUUCUGCUCAUACAGCCCUUAACUUCUGAUAUAUCGAGUGAGCUGGAACAGUUCUCUCAACAGUUACUGCAUUCUAAACUGAAUUUCACGGCGUUUGGAUUUUUCAGUCUCGAUUUUACGUUUCUUUAUGGGUUUGUUGGCGGAGCAACUACAUAUAUAGUAAUUUUACUCCAGUUUCAGUAA